CCCCCCUCCCCGCCUCCCGCCCCCACCCACUCCACCGUCACCACACUAUGCACUAUGCUUCCAAAGAACGCUAGACGAACUCCUGUUGUUCAGGCUGUGAGAGCUGAUUUGAAGCCUUACUUCCACGCUGCCAAGAGAUUUUUAAUCUUCGGUGUCGUUGCAGAAAUCUCUCUUUUGGCUGCUAGCUACUACGGUUUUCGCGAGCUUAACAAUUCCAUCGAAACUCGUCAUUAUUUUGCCAAGAAUUACCCUACUAUUUUAGAAGGUUAUUAUUACGUAACUGAUAAAGUGGCUGGUCGUAAUUUCCGCGAGGAAGACCAAGCCAUCUGGUCUCAGGCAGAUCUAUCUUGGAAUCAAAAUGAAUAAGGCAAUCAUAUCUGGAAUAAUCUCUUCUGCUGCUUUAAGUUACUUGGUAAUGCUAAUCCUUAGGCCUGAUGAGGUGAAAAUCGA